UCAUGAAUUAUGUGAUGUUCGGACCUCGCACCGGGUAGAUUUGUAGUGCGAAUGUUUUUAAAAUUAUCACCCCCAUAUUUUGACAAAUCUGUCAGAGUGUCAAAAAAAUUAGAGAUUUAUUUUAUAUCAUAACAAUUUAAAUUUCCAUAUAUAUCAUUUUUAUUAUGUGGGUUCGAAGUCCGUGUUAUGCUCGCAUGUAUUGUGUUUAAUCAAACGUAGAAAAAUAGUAUUUAAAAUAAUGAACUGUGAAUUACAAUGGAUGUCAUAAAUUCCAUAAAAAACUUUGAUACUGAUUUCGGAGUAUUAAGCAAAUCUACAUGGCUAAUCAAUUUAUACGUACAAUUUCAAGAAACUUAUAAGUUUUUCUACAUAGUAAUAUUUGGAAUAAUAUUGAUUACCGCAACUCUAACAACAUAUUUAAUUCGAAGAUGUACCAAAAAAGUAUUUACAAGGAAAGAAUCAUUGUCUCAAGAAACUAUAAGGUUUCGAAAAAGAGACAAAGCUCUUUUUUAUGGAAGAAAGAUGAUACGUAAGGUUAAAAAUAUAUCUGGACAGGUUAGAAAUUCUGGACAAGGAAAAAAGAGAAAAAUGGUUAUGAAAUUUGCCAGAAGGCUUUUACAACUUAAAAAAGAAACUGACCAGGAGCAGCUGAAGGUACUUGAACCUCCAGAAGAAUAUCUGCAAGAAGACAUGCUUAGUGAUGACAGAAUGCCACCAGAUGCAUUGUAUAUGUUGCAGAGUAUUAGAGUUUUUGGACACUUUGAAAAACCUAUUUUCUUAAAACUUUGCAAGCAUACUGAAAUUGUAAAUGUUCAUGCUGGAGCAUACUUAUUUAGAAUAGGGGAUCCUGAUGAAAAUGUGUACAUUGUACAAAGUGGAAAAUUAAAUGUAUCAAUUACUGGGAACGAUGGAUCGAAUACACUAAAAAUUGUAAAACCUGGAGAAUCUGUUACAUCUUUAUUAAGUUUCACAGACGUACUAACAGGACACACAAGUCCUUACAAAACAGUUUCAGCAAAGGCUAUCGAGGAUUCCACAAUAGUUAAAUUACCUAUGUCCGCUUUUCAAGAAAUUUUUCAGGAAUAUCCAGACAUUUUCGUGAGAGUAUUACAAGUAAUUAUGGUUAGGUUGCAAAGAGUAACAUUCACAGCUUUGCAUCAAUAUUUGGGAUUAAGUGCUGAAUUAGUUAGGCAGCAUCCUAAGCACAAACAAUCCGUCGUUGGAGGAUCGCCUGUAAAAAAACGAAAAGAAGAGGUUUUCUCAAGUGGACUAGAAAAUUCUCCUCUUAUAGCAACUCAACCUAUCCCAGUAACUGGACAUAAAAGAAGCAAAUCAUCUAUGGAAUCAAAAUCAUUUUCCCCCAGUGCAAAUUCUGGAAUCGGAUUGGCAGAGAGCGAAAGUGCUUCAAACAAUUUCCUGGAUUUCAAUUCCCUCCAAAAAAAGAGACUUUCAAUGCCUGAAACAGUUAAUGAUGAAGAGCUCAUAGAAAUAGCAACAGAAGCUUUUGUAAAAGAAUUGGGAUUGGACGAUUUGAAUAUUUUAAAAGGAAAAGUGGAAAUUAGGGAGGUUUCUGCAGGAACGUACUUGAUGAAAGAGGAUUCUAAUAAGGAGAAACCCCAAGCUGAGAAUAUCUUCGUUCUUGGUAAAUUGUCCCCUGAUUAUGCACAGGAUGCUGCGCUAGUCUACGUCAUAUCCGGAGCUUUGAUAGUAUCCCAAAAAGUUACCGAGGGCGAUGAGGAGGUUCAUAUGUUCACAGCACAUCCUGGAGAAAUUGUCGGUGGAUUAGCCGUGCUGACUGGAGAACCCAGUUUCUUCACUAUUAGAGCUAAGCACUUUACUAGGAUCGCAUUGAUUUCGAAGAGUACUUUCUAUGGAUUAAUGAAAGAACAACCUAAAGUAGUACUCUAUAUCGCACAUUUGGUAGUCAGAAGGUUGUCUCCUUUCGUAAGGCAGGUCGAUUUCGCCCUAGAUUGGAUAUUUAUGGAAUCCGGUAGAGCCAUCUAUAGGCAAGACGACGAAAGCGAUUCUACAUACAUUGUAUUAUCUGGCCGUUUACGUUCUGUGAUAACGCACAAAAAUGGCAAAAAAGAAUUGGUCGCCGAGUAUGGUAAAGGAGAUUUAAUUGGUGUGGUGGAGAUGGUUACCCAAACGAAGAGAAGUACAACUGUUAUCGCAGUUCGUGAUUCAGAAUUAGCAAAGUUACCUGAAGGUCUAUUCAAUGCAAUUAAAUUAAGAUACCCGAUAGUUGUUACGAGACUGAUUAAAUUAUUAGGACAUAGAAUAUUGGGUACUUGGAAAACGCCUACUUUGAGUACACCCAGUGCUGCUCCAGCUGUGGAUGCACGACCAUCGUCUUUAAAUUUUUCAACGGUGGCUGUAGUUGCUGCCUCUGAUGAUGUCCCUCUGACCGCCGUCACUUACGAAAUUUACCAUUGUUUAAGUGCCAUUGGAUCAACUCUAAGACUGACUUCAGAUGUAGUACGUAAAACGCUUGGAGCGACAAUAAUGGAUCCCAACAACGAGUAUAGGUUAUCUUCGUGGUUAGCCCAACAAGAAGACCAACAUAGAAUUUCUUUGUAUCAAUGUGAUUUAACUGUUAGUGCCUGGACGCAAAGAUGUAUUCGACAAGCUGAUUGUAUUUUGAUUGUGGGGCUUGGUGACAACCAUCCUUCUUUAGGAAAAGUAGAAAAGGAAAUUGAAAGGUUGGCCAUAAGGACACAAAAGGAACUAGUACUAUUACAUAGAGAAGACGGGAAACCACAAAACACGAUUGCAUGGUUAAAUAUGAGAACAUGGGUGUCGUCACAUCAUCAUAUUAUGUGUCAGAAUAGAGUGUUUGCUAGGAAAUCUGUUUAUAGAAUUAAUGAAUUAUACUCAAAAAUAUGCACAACAGCCCCGAACGUGCAUUCCGAUUUUUCACGUUUAGCUAGAUGGUUAACGGGAAAAUCAGUAGGUUUAGUAUUAGGUGGUGGAGGAGCACGAGGAGCAGCUCAUAUUGGAAUGAUUAAAGCCAUACAGGAAGCAGGAAUUCCUAUUGAUAUGGUAGGGGGAGUUAGUAUCGGCGCGUUUAUGGGAGCUUUAUGGUGUAAGGAGAAGAACAUCACGACUGUAACACAGAAGGCCAGAGAGUGGUCAAAGUCUUUUGCUGUGGAUAAGGCUCAUUUAAUACUGUUCUUAUUAUUGCCUUUAGUACUCAAAUUUCCUGUUAGAGAUAUUUUGCCAGUUCGCUAUUAG